CUUUUUCUUUGUAGAUGAACACCAAAUGGAAUUGCGGGUGGGUGUUCGAGCUCGGUUCCAUAUCUGCAGGCUCUUCUACAUUUUUACACAUUUAUUAUGUUGGCACCAAUUGGAAUUGCGGGGCUGUGAUGGAAUUACUUGCAGAUGGUGUGAUGCUGGAAAAUCAUAGAGUCAGUGUUUCAAAAGCUAAAACAACUCUCCCUGGAGCAGGACAGUGGUGGAAUCACUUACGGAACGUGGCUUGAAACCCCCUGAUCAUGAGUCCUCUCUCUCUUGUGUCUUCCACACUGACUGUGUUGGUUAGUUAUUAUUGUAGGUACAUAUUGUAUGCAAAUAAUAUAAGGCAAGCAAUGCAGCUAUACUAGGGUGAAUUCUUUCUGAAUAAAGAGCUGCCCAGGGUGUGAUUCAAAACUACAACACUCUGCAGUCCAAGAAAACCCCUGAGCGG